GACAAAACUUACUAUACUCUUAUUAAUUAAACUUUAAUUUUAACAAUUUAUUGUAAUUAAAAGAAGGCAUAACGGGCUGCACUGUCUUCCACACGUGGUUGAGAUUUAAAAUGUUCUCUGCAUCAUUCUCUAUAAACCCCUAGAGCAUUUCUUGUUAUCUCUCCUUUUUCCCUCUUUCGCGCGUCUUGCAAUCUUGCAAAACCCUAGGAGUCGACAUUGGAGGAAGCUUCUCUCUCUUACUCGCCUUCUCUACUCUCCAAGAUUUUCAGGUCAGUUUUCUUCGGUAAUUUUGCUUCAUUCUAUGUGAUGGGUCUCGCUUUGAUCAGCAGUGUUUCGGAGUGUUUCUUUCUCUGUAAGACUAUGGAUGAAAUGUGAAAGCGAUGUUUCGACUCUUUUCUCGAGGAAAAGAGCAGCCAUGUCUAAGCCUUGGAUACGGGUUUUGGUGUAGAGGUCUCUUCUGUGAAUAUCUUAGGAAAUGAUUCUCUACGAAAGCGAUCGGGCCUUCGGAAAUGAUUUGCGCGAUUGGAUGUUGUUUGUUAAUUUUAGGGAUCUGCAAGUAGAAGCGAGUUUUGAAAAUUGGUCUUGGACAAAAUGCUUUGGCUGUAUCACGGUCUUGCUUGGUCUCUGUAGGUUGGUGGCUAUCAGGCUAUGGCUUCUGCUUCACGACAAUAUCCGAACAUAUAGGAUUGAACGUCCGGGCCCGGAUGGGAAGAUGAGAGUCAUCUCCUCCUCGAACGGUACGGAUGAGAAUCUUCUUCGACUAGCUUAUGGAGAUUUUAAAGCUGCUGAGAUAAGUACUGUGGAUUCCCAAAUGUCUUGCAAAGAAUGUGUGCUCGUUGUGGUUAUUGGCUACUUUCCUUUUCGUGAGACGAAGAUCAAAAGAAAAUUCAUCCAGACUUUCGUCCUUGCUCCCCAAGAAAAUGGUUACUUCGCCUUAAAUGACGUCUUUAGAUUUGUUGAUGAACUGAAGACCAAAGAUGGCGAUAUUGUAACUAGGAAAGCCUCUGAAGCAUCCAUUCCUCCUCCCCUUGCCUCAACCAAAGGCGAUAAUGCUUCUACAUCGGUCAAUCCUGGAGAUGAGGAAGCCUGUAAUAAGCCCUUGGAUACUCCAGCCAUGGAAGAGAAAGCCCCAGUUCCUGAGAUCAUCAAUAAAGUCGCGGAACUGGAGAUCACGGGCAAAGAGGUUACAGAUGGUUCACAAAAACUUUCUGAACAUGAAAUUGGAUCUCAGGAUGUUGUUCCCCACAUAGCUUACGCCUCUGUUGAAAUUGGACAGACCGCCAUGGAGGAGGAAACUGGAGUUUUAGCUGCCACGUCACUUCAUCCAAAGCCGGUAUCAGAAGACAAAGAACAACAAGCGGCUUCCGAUCCUCCAGUGGCAAAAUCUCACGCAGUUCUUGUGGCCGCUGAUGCUAUUGAAAAUGUGGUCAAUCAGGAUUCCGAAGCUGCAGCUGAGUGUGCAUAUAUUCACGUGAAGAAUCUCCCUCCCAAUGCAACCCAAGCCAUGCUGGAGAAUGAAUUUAAGCAGUUUGGAACCAUUAGAAGCGGUGGAAUCCAAGUUGAACAUCAAAGGGGAUUCGCUUUUGGGUCUGUGGAGUUUGAGGAGGCGCUUGCAGCUCGGAGGGCGAUAGAGGCUUCGCCUGUAAUCAUUGGUGGGUGGGAAGCUAUCGUGGAGGAGAGGAGAUCUGCUUCUAGAGGUAACGGAGAAAGCCCUUCCUCUGGACAUCGGAACGGGUGCUGAGUUGAGGGAUGCCCACAAAAAAACCACAAACAGGAUGAAAUUUCAAAAUUCUUUUUUUUUUUUUGGUUUGAAAUCAAACACAAAACACACAAGGUGAUUACAAAGAGGACAAAGGAAGGCAACAAGUCUCAAAUACAAAAAAAAAAAGGGAUCAAAAGAGUGAGAGGAUGCA